CGGAUCAGUGCAGAUCAGAAACGUCAUAACAUUGCCAACCAAAACACACGUUCCCGUGCCGCCGUGUUCCUAGUGAUCUGUGUGUCCAGCUCGAUGCCAUGGGUGACGCCGGGCCGGAGUCGGACCCGACGGCCAGCAAGCGCCCGAAACUCCAAUCAACCACCAACCAGCCCCAAUCAGCCGUGCGGUGUAAAUAUUUCGUCCAGCGCAAGAAGCGCUACUGCAAGAUGACGGUCGGCACCGGGAAGGAGUACUGCGGGGAGCACGAGCCGACCGCCGCCGAGCCGGUGGCCGCCUCCGGUGCCGACCGCCUACCCUGCCCGCUCGAUCCGAAGCACUCGGUGUCGGCGGCCAAGCUGGAGAAGCAUCUGAAAAUAUGCAACGCCCGUCCGCCGGCCGAGCAGAAGCCGUACCUGGUGCCGGGCAUUAACUGCACCUCCUCGGACGACGAGCAGCCGGAGGCAGCGGGUAGGGAGGAGAAGGUGACGAAGCUGGCCGACAUACCGCCGGCCGAGCUGCUCGAGCUGAUCGGCAAGGUGAGUGCGCUGUACGAGUCGGCCGGGCCGCUGAUCAAGGAGCAGUCGCCGCGCCACAGCAUCCUGGCGGACGAGCUGACGGUGGAGGGGUACGGGCCGCAAACGCUCAAGCAUCUGGUGCAGUCGUCCGCCCUGCUCGGGCUGGCCGAGCAGUGCGACUUUCUGCGGCCCGACACCACGUUCGUGGAGUUCGGCGCGGGCAAGGGCCAGGUCGCGUACUGGCUGGCGCGGAUCGUGGAAACGGCCCCGCUCGCCCGGUCCGCCGUCCUGCUGGUCGACCGGGCGUCGCACCGGCACAAGAAGGACAACAAGAUCGAGACGCGCGAGAUCGUGCAGCGGGUGCGGGCCGACAUUGCCGAUCUGGAGCUGCACCGGGUCGAGCUGAUCGAGGCCGGGGCGGGUCGGUCCGGCGUCGUCGGCAUCGGGAAGCAUCUGUGCGGUGCGGCUACCGAUCUGGCGCUGCGCUGCCUGGUGCGCAGCGGCACGAGCGGGUCGUCGGUGCGAGGCUGUCUGUUUGCGCUCUGCUGUCAUCAUCGGUGCGAUUGGCGCACGUUCGCCGGGAAGCGGUUCCUGCUGGAGAGCGGCAUUACGCGGGCAGAGUUCGAGAGCAUCGUGCGAAUGGUGAGCUGGGCCGUUUGCGGCACGGGACGUAGCCGGGAGCGGCAGCAAGAGGACGACAGGCCGGACCGGUGCGGGUUGACGCGACCGGAGCGGGAAGCGAUCGGGCGGCGGUGCAAACGGCUACUCGACAUUGCCCGGCUGCGGUACAUGGAGCGGCACGGGUACGAGGCGUCGCUCAAGUACUACGUGACGAGCGACGUGACGCUGGAGAAUGUGUGUCUGGUGUGCGUGAAAAAAUAAAACAGUACUGCUGACCCUUAAAAAACGGUUACGGUUACAUUUGAAUUGUUACUGUUGGUCAUGCUGACUAUCCUUGGGGAGGCUUCACUAGUCAGGAUAGUGGCCGGUUAAAGAAUUCAAUAUUUCUGCUAGCGCCAUACAACAGGAAUCCCCCAGAUAAAGUCGUCUGUGGUCUUAUUUGCCAGAUUCAGUGUCGCUGGGAACGUUUUACUGUUUAAAUUAAAGAACUCAUUUUAACGACUGUUGCCUACGCAGAACGAUGGAGUUGCCGGAACAUGUAUGGCCACGAUACUUAAACAUGUCUCUUAGCUAAGAUCACUUGAGAGCCUUUCAUAACUUAAACUAUCAAAGGAGAAAUUGUGUGUGACCGUAAUAGAUUUCUCGAUUACUCUUAGAAAUAAGAAAAUAAUUUUGAAGUCUGCUGUGGAACAUCAAAAGAAAUGGACAUUACACGGAUCGCAGUAGUCAUCAAAUUCAACCAACUCUCGGAAAUCCAACAACAAUCAAUUCCAAUCUAAUUUAAAGGGUGUCUCUCUUUUUUCAU